AUGGCUACCACUGGCAUGCAGUUGCUGGGCUUGAUCAUGUCCAUAGUGGGGUGGGUUGGUGGGGCGAUAGUGUGUGCCAUCCCCCUGUGGAGGGUCACUGCUUUCAUCGGUAACAACAUAGUGACGGCUCAGAUUAUUUGGGAAGGCCUUUGGAUGAAUUGCAUUGUUCAAAGCACCGGUCAGAUCCAGUGUAAGGUGUAUGACAGCUUGCUGGCUCUGCCCAGCGACAUGCAGGCUGCCCGAGGCCUCACCGUCUUCUCCAUCCUGAUGUGCGGCUUGGCUCUGGCUCUGGGGGUCCUUGGAGUCAAGUGCACCAAGUGCAUCGGUGUAAACAGCGUCAAAGCCCGUAUCGCUCGAAUCUCUGGUGCUCUUUUUGCCAUCGCAGGGUUUCUCUACCUUGUGCCCGUCUGCUGGACUGCCCACUCCAUCAUUAGGGAUUUCUAUGAUCCACACGUGGCGGCUCCACACAAGCGUGAGCUCGGCCCUGCCCUAUACAUCGGCUGGGGGGCAUCAGCCUUGCUCCUCAUCGGGGGAUCUCUGCUCUAUGCCGGGUCGAGUCCACCUGGCAUCCCAGGCUCUCCCACCUUCAGCAGUGGAGAAAGCAGUCCUCGCAGGGCACCUGCCACACAGGUCAAAGGUUAUGUUUAA